GACUCGAAUUUCAUUUCAACCAAGCGGGCGGCGAGGGUGUUCUGCACCGCGCGUCUCUCGUUCAUAGCCCGGGGAGUUGCAGCUGCAGGAGGGCUCGGUGUGUCUCAUUCGUUACAAAAAACAAAUAAAGACGAAUUACUGUAUUUGCUAAAUGGUUAUUAAUAUUUUCAAAGCGGAAGUUACAUUGCGAGGAAGACAAAAGCAGAAACGAACGGCACACACACGUUUUUGUUUAACUUUUUAAGGCUCGGUCUUGUGUCUUUCUGAACUUCGCACUGGGGCGGGCGGGACUCCUAGAGAAGAGAUGGAUAAAGUCGCUAAAGAAGGCCAGCUGUAUGUCCAGCAUCAGAAGUUCGGCAAGAAAUGGAAGAAGAGUUGGUUCAUCCUGUACCCUGCCAGCCAGAACGGGAUCGCCCGGCUCGAGUACUUCGACUGCAGCAACCCUGGCGAGAAGCCCAGCACCAAGAAGAUGGACAAGAAGAUCAUCCGGCUGGCCGAGUGCAUCAGCAUCCUGCCCGCCAUCACAGAGACCUGCCCCAAGGAGAGCAUGGCCGCCUUCUGUGUGGAGACCAAUGAGAAGGUCCAUGUCUUUGCCACGGAGAAGCAAGCCACGGCAGAGUGGAUUGAGAAGCUGUGUGAGAUAGCCUUCCAGGGGAACAUGGGAGACCUGAAGCACAGCAGUGGCUCAGACUCCAGCAGCCCUUCAAACAGCAAGUCUGAGAUGGAGAUGGCUGAGAACCUCAUCUACUACUCCCGGGACGAAGUGAGUGAGUUCUGGGUGUCGGUGCAGAAGACAGAGGCGUCGGAGCGGUGUGGACUGCAUGGCUCAUACUGCCUGAAAGCUGACAAGGAGAACCUGCUGCUGAAGGAAUCCAAGACCAAGCAGACCCUCUUUACCUGGCCCUACAAGCUUCUGCGCCGAUAUGGGCGAGACAAGGUGAUGUUCUCGUUCGAAGCCGGCCGGCGCUGUGACUCAGGUCCGGGGAACUUCACCUUCGAGACGAAGCAGGGCAACGAGAUCUUCCAGAUCGUGGAGGCCGCCAUCAAGGAGCAGAAGGUGCAGGCGGAGGAGAACCGUCAGAGCUACCCCUCUCUGGACUCGGAAAGCCUGGCCAGCCAGCAGAUACGCAGCGCCAUCGCAGAGUCAGGGGGAGGGGGAGCGGCCACAGCAUGGGCAUCCAAGAUCACAGAGCCGGAGUCAGACACCCCUGCGGGCAGCAAGCACGGCUCGGCUGACGGCAUCUUCACCAAGAGGGACGGGCAUCAGACGGAAGACAAUCUCCUGAAGACACGCAACCUUCCUGAUCCUCCGGGCCUGACCUCAAAAUCCCCCAGCACUCCUCCCCGUUCCCCCGUGCUCAGACUCCCCAGGACCUCAUCCCUGUUGAAGGACCAGGCCAACCUCUACUCCGAGCCCAUGGAUUCGGUGCGGCCGCCCAAGCCCUCUGUGGAGUCCUUGUACUCUGACCCCGUGGACAGCAUCAAACCCCCGGCCCCCGCGCCCAGGCAGAGGCACGGUGCAGAUGAGCCAGGCAAGCCAGAGCCCCUCUACUCCGACAUCUAUGACCGGGUCACCUACGACUUGGCACAGAAAGCGUCCGGGCUCAUGUUCGUAGGAGGAGACAGGAACGGGGGGGCAGACCCUGAGGAGCACAUUUACGACGAACCGGAAGGGAGGGCCUGGCAGCCGCCCCCCGCCGUCAGCUCCCUGUAUGACGAGGCUCGCCUGGGAGCCAGUGCCUGGAGGAAGCAGGGCGUGGAUGACCAGACGGGCCACGAGAUCCCCUACAACCCCAGCACUGACAACUGCUGUGUGCCUCCCUAUGAAAAGCAGCAGCAGCCCAAACCCAAGGCACCCAAACCAGCACCCAAGCCACAGAUAUCCAGGAAAGAGCCGCCACCCCUGCCCCUUGGCAAAGCCAACUUCAACAACUCCAACAACAAGGACAUUUACAGCAUGGUGAUGAAGGGCAACAACAAAAAUCUGCCCCUGAGGAACCGGGGCCAGGAGGACUUGCUACAUGCUGGUGCCACCAGUUCUCCGGAAUCAGUUUAUGAAGACCUGGGAAGCCUCUAACCAACCUGCUUGGACAGUCUAGCAGGAAGUAAAGAGCUGGAACGCUUUUCCUGGACAGCAUUUCGGUUUAUUCUUUUCUUGGAUCUGCUCCUCGUCCAUCAGGAGCAAUCAGGACAUGAUGUACUGAGUCAGUGUGUGAGGUCAGUCCCAGAGGAGCUGCACCCUGUCAUCCCCAGCGCUGGCACUGGUACUUCGAGACAAAACGUUUACAAGGAAACUUGGUUAGCACGUUCUUCAGCACAAGCUAUUGAGAGUGUCAUAAUCUGGGGAUGUAUGGAGGAGCCCGUUAUAAACAUGCCUCAACGUUUCAAUGACAUUUUAAAUUUAGCCAAACCUUACGUAUGCCAAUCUGUGCCAAAUUAAAUUGCAAAUGUGAAUGCAGUUUUUUUUUUUUUUUUUUUUUUUUUUUUUAAUUACUCACACCCUGGUGGUGGUUUCUGUAGUCUCCCAUUGCACUUUUAGUCUCAGACAUUGCAUUUGGGGUAAUUAUUUUUACAAUUUCAAUGGUUUUCUAGUGUAACCCCCCCCCCCCCUUGUUCCCACA